GCAUCGCGGCGCAAGUGGCCGCGGGAGUCGUCGGAGGCGUGGGGAAGGAGCGCGCCUUGGCGCGCAAAGGCGUAAGGGAGCUGUAGUCUGACUUCCAGUCCUCGCGCUAUGUUCUUUUUCUAGGACUUGGGGGGAAUUUAGAGCCUCGAGGCCUGGGGUGGGGACGCGAGGACACCAGCGUAGAAGAGCUUACAUCAGAAUCGAGCUUUGUGGGCGCUCCGGGAUUUGGCCCUUUAGCGCGGAUCCUAGACAACAGGUUUUGGACCUCGAGAGCUGCAGAACUGAGGCUACUGGUCCCGCCAGCCGGCUGGCUCCGCCUCUGCCUCAAUUUCUUCCCCUAUGGCCCGCGUGCCGCUGGGGCGGAGUCUCACUCUGUCACCCAGGCUGGAGCACAAUGGCAUGACCUCAGCUCACCACAACUUCCGCCUCCCAGGUUCAAGGGAUUCUCCUGCCUCAGCCUCCCAAGUAGCUGAAAUUAUAGAUUUAGAGUGGUAUGAGAAGUCGCAAGAAACUCACGCCUCCCAGAUAGAACUACUUGAGACAAGCUCUACGCAGGAACCUCUCAACGCUUCGGAGGCCUUUUGCCCAAGAGACUGCAUGGUACCAGUGGUGUUUCCUGGGCCUGUGAGCCAGGAAGGCUGCUGUCAGUUUACUUGUGAACUUCUAAAGCAUAUCAUGUACCAACGCCAGCAGCUCCCUCUGCCCUAUGAACAGCUUAAGCACUUUUACCGAAAACCUUCUCCCCAGGCAGAGGAGAUGCUGAAGAAGAAACCUCGGGCCACCACUGAGGUGAGCAGCAGGAAAUGCCAACAAGCCCUGGCAGAACUGGAGAGUGUCCUCAGCCACCUGGAGGACUUCUUUGCACGGACACUAGUACCGCGAGUGCUGAUUCUCCUUGGGGGCAAUGCCCUAAGCCCCAAGGAGUUCUAUGAACUCGACUUGUCUCUGCUGGCCCCCUACAGCGUGGACCAGAGCCUGAGCACAGCAGCUUGUUUGCGCCGUCUCUUCCGAGCCAUAUUCAUGGCUGAUGCCUUUAGCGAGCUUCAGGCUCCUCCACUCAUGGGCACCGUCGUCAUGGCACAGGGACACCGCAACUGUGGAGAAGAUUGGUUUCGACCCAAGCUCAACUAUCGAGUGCCCAGCCGGGGCCAUAAACUGACUGUGACCCUGUCAUGUGGCAGACCUUCCAUCCGAACCACGGCUUGGGAAGACUACAUUUGGUUCCAGGCACCAGUGACACUUAAAGGCUUCCGCGAGUGAAUGAGUGCUUCUUAAUCCUAAAAACACAAUGACUGAAUUAUCUUUCUCCAUGUGGCACUGAAUCACCCAUCUAGUUUGGAGCUAGAGUUGCUUCCUGGUGAGAGAGGAAGCAACUCUCCUUCUGGUUGUCUGCCUCCCCUCAGAUUUCCUGAUAGGCUGAUGGCAUGUGGCUGUGACUGUGACUGUAAUCAUUGCUGAACAACAUCUCUUUGAAUCAAAGGUUGAUUUUCCCAGAGGGUGCUGGGUCAGGCAUUUCUAUUAAGAGUUGGAAAGCAAAAAUGGGUCCAUAGACACUCUAUGGAGGUGUCCCUUUCUGCUCUUUGCUGUGUCCUUUCAGAAUUUUUACCAGGAACAUAAUGUGGAUAUGACUUAUGAACUUAAAUAUAAAAUAAAUAGAUUCUUAUUAUAUUUUCCUGAAA